GAUUGAUUGGUUUUUGGAAAAGAGGAAGUUGAAUCGAAAUCUGGCCAAAAGGGUCUGCGACAGAUUAUUUCGCUACCCGACCCACAAGUGGCCCCACUCAACGACUGCAGUGCAGACAGAAAGUAGGAUGAACGCACAACAGAUUAUCAAUCGGACAUGGACAACGGUCACUCGAAGCCAGCAGCGACUUCGGGCUUCUCAGGCUCCUAUCAGCGCGCAUUGCAGUCGGACGAACCUGCAACGCUUCCAUCAGACCCAUCUCAACAGGACCAUUAACGAGUCUUCAAGCAGCGAGACAUCGACGAUCAUCGACCAUGAAGAACGAGACCGAGCACACGAAUCAAGCGAGCAGAAUGCGCCUGUCAGUCUGAAGCCGCCAGUCACACCUACCCUCCAUCCCAUAGCAGACCAGAUUCCGGCUCCAUCAGCUGCCUCUCCUGACCAGCCGUGGUUCGUGGACGAGGAGCCACUGGGAUCGAGCCAAGCAGCAGAAGAGGAUGGCAUGCAGGUCGAUCUGAUCACUUCUACUGCACCUCCCCCACCCGCACCAAAAAACCUGCCCGAAGAUCUCGAGGAACUCUACGCUCAUCUCAUCUCCUCGCCCUUCUUUGAUCCCCCUUCAAUCGCCUUCAUCGAUGCGAAAAAAUCCCCACUCGGCGACGCCGCUUGGACCGAUUGGGUCGUCCUCGUCACCCUCAGAAGGGGCAGAGAACGCGCUAUUCGUGGGGCCGCUGAAGGCAUCCAAUCUAUCUUGGAACCAAAGAUGACGGUGAGACUCGAAGGGACUAGUUCGACUAACUCUUCAUCAACAUGGGCAAUGGUCGAUGGAGGAAAAGUGGUGAUCCACAUCUUGAACGAAGAGUCUCGAAAACUAUACGAUCUCGAAAGCGUCUGGAAAUCUCCCUCUCCCUCUUCGUCUCAUUUCAAUCCAAAUCUAGAUGAUCAUUAUUAUUCUUGAUUCUUUUCUCUCUCUCUCGAAUCUCUCGACCCAAUAAUAUACAUUGUGGAUUCAAUUAUCAUAAACCAGCCGAAUUCUAAAAACGUCCUUCCAAUCAAUCGAUCCAUUCCUUCUGUGUAAUUGUGCAAUAAUAGAACAACAACAGCCC